AUGAAUGAACCAUUCACCCAUAGACCCCAUUCCCAGCGCCGCAGCUGCCUGCUCUGUCGCUCACGGAAGGUCAAAUGUGACCGACAGCAACCGUGUGGGGGUUGCAUUCGAGCUGCUUCCACCUGCAUUUAUCCCAGUGGGACGGGGCGCGCUCCUAAGCGGCCACUGCAGUCCACGAACAACUCGGCGGUGCUGACUAGACUUGACCGGCUGGAGAGCAUCAUUAGACAACUGGAAAGCCAACAAACCCAGCAACAGCCCCUGGACUCAUCCACAGCCUCUCCGCCACCCCAAGGGAACCAGCGGAACGGUCGUCUCGCUAUUGACAGCACCUCCAGUGUCUAUGUGAGCAAUGUGCUCUGGGCUAGUCUGGGCGAUGAGAUUGAAGAGCUGCGGGAUUUGCUACACGAAUCCCCAUCGAAUAACGACGAUGACGACGAAGGGGGUUGGCAGGAAGAAACCGAUGAACAGGAGGAAUCCGUCGGCACGAGGGGGUUGAAUGCCGCCAUUAUGGGCUUCAGGUCGCUCGCUUACUCACUGCGAGACUACCAUCCGUCCAUCUCGCAAUCCGUUGCUCUGUUUGAGAUUUUCCAGGCCAACGUCGCUCCCGUGGUGAAGAUCUUCCACAUGCCGACCCUCACCAAGCUCUUCUGGGACGCGGUCGGGUCGCUUGACACUCUCGAUUGCAACACGGAGGCCCUCCUGUUUGCCAUAUACUAUGCUGCGAUCAUCAGUACUACCGACCAGACCCAGUGCCCUCUUGGCCUACCUCGACCCCACGCCCUUCGUACCUGUCGCUUUGCCGUUGAGCAGGCCCUCGCCCGCGCCGAUCUGCUGAAUACCCAGAACAUGAUCUUACUUCAGGCGGCGGCCUUAUUUCUCUGUGCCCUGCGCAACGAAGAUGACUCCCGAACUGUCUGGUCGCUGACAGCGUUGCUCGUGCAUAUUGCACAGGCUAUGGGUCUCCAUCGCGACGGCGCGGCCUUUGGAUUACGGCCCCUGGAGACCGAACUGCGACGGCGACUGUGGUGGUUCAUCGUCGGCCUCGACCAGCGCUCGUCGGAAUAUCACGGUUACGAACCUAUUGUAUCCGAGUCGUCCUUUGAUACCCGGCUGCCGCUGAAUAUUAAUGAUUCCGAUCUGACCGCGGACAUGGUUCAGCCGCCGGCCGAGCGAGACGGCGCCACAGAGAUGACCCUGAGCCUGAUUGGGUUUGAAUCCAUCCCCAUCGUGCGCAAGGUAAGCUUCAUUCCACCGCACCGUCGUCAGACAAGAACAACCAGCAGUGCAUCAGUUACCGAGUUGUCGUUGCCCGAACGGGAGGCACUGGCCGAGCAGCUCCAGAGCCGCCUUGAGACCCGAUAUCUGGCAUAUUGCGAUCCCUCUGAACCCUUCCUCUUUGUCUCAGCUACCGUGGCGAGGCUUAUCAUCGCCCGCGUAUGGUUGAUGGUGCACUAUCCUCGCAAGCGGGUGGAUAGUAGUAAAGACGUAUCAACAGCCCCGCUGCAGGCGAGUCUACAGGAUAAGAUCUUUCACCUCGCCAUCGAGAUCUUGGAGCUCUCCUGCUCCGUCUUGUGCAAUCCGAGCAUCGCUCACUGGGUCUGGAGAUCCGAUACCUACUCCCAGUGGCACGCAGUUGCCCUCGUCCUGUCCGAGAUCUGUACUCGGCCCCCUUGCCAGGAUUGCGACCGGGCGUGGGCAGCAGUGGAGAUUCUCUAUGACCGCUGGCGUAUGAAGGAGCAUGCGCGCAAGGGUACGUUGUGGAAGCCGAUCGGGCGGUUGAUGGCCAAGGCGCGUUAUGUCCGUGAGAUGCAGUCCGUGGCAGCCUCUGUCGGGGGUUCAUCAUCGGUGGUGGAAGUGAGCCCUAGCCUCCCCCAAACUGCCCAUCAGAACAAUGUCACAACAACGUUGGAUCCCUUGGAUGAUAUCUUCUCUCUGCCACCCUUUAUGGAGAUGAGUCCCAGUUUAGAUGAUCUAUUUCUUGUGGACGAUGACUUUGUCCAGGUAGGUAUGCGGACUGGCUUCUAG